AUGGACCGAGCGUCAAGCUCCAGCCCUGCGGGUCAGACAUCCCAGCCCGGCCAGAAUGAACCCAUUAGCUUCGGUAUAGAUCAGAUCCUCAGCGGUGGAGAGCCGGACUCCCAAAAACGCCAACAACAACAACAACAGCAGCAGCAGAACUCCACCCAGAACAGUCCGGACACUGGACACAGUCAAAGAGUAGGAAGCCCGAGUCCGUACCCGGCUCUGUCCGGAGCUUUCCACGGUCUGUCCGCAUACGAGGAGGCUGGAGCAUACGGACCGAACUUUGCUCUUGCGCCGGGCGGGGUGAUCCGAGUGCCGGCACACAGACCACUCACCGCUGCGCUGCCCCCAUCAGUACCCGGGCUCAGCGGCAUCGGCUUCCCCUGGAUGGAGGGCAGCCAGCGCUUUGCUAAGGACCGCUUUGCAGCGGCUUUGACCCCCUUCACUGUGGUAGCCAGGCGGAUCGGACACCCGUACCAGAACCGAACUCCACCCAAGCGGAAGAAGCCGCGCACCUCGUUCUCCCGCGCGCAGAUCUGUGAGCUCGAGAAGCGCUUCCACCGGCAGAAAUACCUCGCGAGCGCAGAGAGAGCCGCACUGGCUAAAACCCUCAAAAUGACGGACGCACAAGUCAAGACAUGGUUCCAGAACCGAAGAACCAAGUGGAGACGGCAGACAGCCGAAGAGCGUGAGGCUGAGCGUCAGCAGGCGAAUCGUCUAAUGAUGCAGCUACAACACGAUGCUUUCCACAAGUCUCUAAACGACCCGCUACCAACUGACCCUCUCUGCAUGCACAACUCAUCCCUGUUUGCCCUGCACAACCUACAGCCUUGGGCCAGCGAGGAGGGCGGCAAGCUUACUGCACUGGCAUGA